CCUCAAAGUAUUCAAAUCCCCAUGCACUUAUAUUCCAUAUCUCAGCAGUUUGUUUCAUGUUUUUGUAUAAAAUCCAACACAACUUCUAAAGAAGAACAACAACAUAACCAAAAAGAUGAAUACUUAUCUUCAAUCAGCGGUCAACUCCGGAGAUUUAAAGUUAGUAAAAAAACUAAUGGAUCAGGGAUCCAGUGACAUUAUCUCCAGUGCUGGUCCAGCUCUCCACCUGGCUUUCACAAAAAAUCAUAUAAACAUCAUAAAAUAUCUAUUGGAGAAGAAUGUCGAUGUUAAUUACCCGUGUAAGUACCUUCAUCAUCAAGACUUUACACCUCUUCACAUAGCGACAGUUAAUAAUAAUCUCGAGCUCGUAAAUCUCUUGCUGGUUCACAAAGCAGACGUCAAUGCUCUGACUCGUAAGAAUAAAUCUGCUCUUCAUUUGGCCAUUCAGAAAAACUACUUGGCUAUAAUUGAAUCGCUCAUCAAAGACGGCGCGAAUAUUGAGCAGCGCUUAGGCUCUGCUACAAAUUUUUACCAGCGAGGCUACACGCCCUUGCACAUGGCCAUCGUUAAAUGCAAUUUAAAAUUAUUAAAACUGUUAAUCACCAAUGGCGCGUCCGUUAACUCCCGUACCUUAACCGGCGAGUCGUGUCUUCACUUGGCGCUUUUCCGAAGUACCCAUAAAAUAGUCGAGUAUCUUUUGGAUCACGGGUCAAAUAUAAAUGAAAAAAUAAACUCGAGCCUCUAUCUCGCCCAAAAAAAUUACCACCCACUUCACAUCGCCGUUCUCAGUUUAGACGUCAAAAAGUUCAAACUCUUAUUGUCACGCGGUGUCGACAUUCACCAUCUGACCCCAUCAAACGAGGGGGUGAUGUGCAUCGCCGUUCUUACUCAGAACAUCCCAAUGAUAGAAAGUAUCCUAGAAAAUGGCAUCAAUAUCAACUACCCGUGUCUUUACAACAACUUAUUUUGUACUGCACUUCAAAUCGCUUCUUCAAUCGGCGCUGACAAAGAAGUAAUAAACUAUUUACUGAGCAAAGGCGCUGAUCCCAACCCACCGAUGUGUAGAAGUACAUCAGCCUUGACACUGGCUAUGCUAAAUGGCAACUUAUCAACAAUAAAAUCACUUUUGAACUCGGAUUACGUUGAUGUCAAUUCAAAAUACAAUUAUGACAACAAAACCGGGUACACUGCACUUCAUAUUGCGGCCUGUUGUUCCUACGCUGAAGACAAGGAAGAAAUAAAAAGAAUCCAAGUGGUUAAUUAUCUGAUGACAUGCGGCGCUGAUGUCAAUUUACUUACAGAUGCUGGGGAAUCGGUAAUUAGCUUGGCUUUGAUAAAUCAUAAGCUUAGAACAGUUGAAUUUUUACUGAAUCAUGGCGUUGAUGUCAAUUCUAAGAGUACUUAUGAACAGAACAAAGGCUUCACUUUAUUGCACAUCGCUUCUUGCAGCAGUGACUUUGUCUAUACUUCUCUGAGGCUGUUGGUUGAUAAUCAUGCUGAUUUGAAUGCUGUUGCUGAUAACGGUGACAGUGUACUUCAUACUGCUGUCAAUAAAUUUAAUUCUACUGCCGUUGAAUUUCUGCUGGAUGCUGGCGCGGACUUUAAUGCGAUUGAUAGAUUUGGAAAAACGCUUCUUGAUAAUGCGAACGGUGGAUACUUGAUUAAAAUAAUUCAAAAGCACAUCAUUAAGAUGCAUAUGAUCAAUUCAUUUGUAAAUGAAGGCAAUUUGAAUUACAUUAAAAACAGCAAUGCGAUGGAUAGUUAUAAAGAAUCGUGUCUAGAAGAAAUAGAUAAAAUGAAAUCUACUAAAAUUAAAGGCAGUAAUGUAACGUACUAUGAUAUUAUUGAGAAAAAUAUUCAUACAUUGAGUAUUUACAUGAGGAAUAAAAAUAUUGUUGAUGCUCUUAGUGAGUAUUCUGAUGUGUACAGAAAAUUUCCGAUUUAUUACAAGACGUUGUGGAAAAAUUUUAAGCUAGGGUUUGAAAGGAAAAAGUUGAUGGUGAAAAUUGAACGUUAUCUUGAUAAUCUAACAGAAGCAUCAAAUAUCUUCUCUCGAUAUAUAUCGAUUUAUUUAGAUAAUGAUGAUAUUAUUAAUUUAAUUACGGUACUGAAAGUAGCGGACAUAAGAGGAUUUUUUAAAUUUUAUAAACAUGAAUGAAGUAAAAUUUUUAAAAUGCGCGCGUAAAAUUUUUGAAAGUUUUUUCUGUGAGUAUAAAUUUUUUUUAAGGGCUGAUACUUUCAGUUUCAUAUUUAAUUAAAAUUAUAAAUUUUUGAUUUAUAAAUUUAUUAAAUUUUUUAUUUCUGCAAUUAUUUAUUUUUACUGCUGGCAGUUUAUAUUUUUAGUAUAUUUAUUAUUUAUUAAUUAUAGAGAAA